AUGUACGGAGACUCAACAGCCGAUUUGCGCCGGACAAACAUUACGCGCGAAUGGCGAGACACCACUUUCGAGGAUAUCCGAGGGAAAGAGUCUUCACUUUCGUAUUCGACCACUGGGGUAGCCAUCUGCAGGCUAGUCAGCAGCAUGAAGUAUGAAGAUUUCGACAUCGAUCAAAAGGUGUGGAACAUCUAUUUCAAGGAGCUGGAGGGUACACUUCGAACCCUUUUGAAUGCACGCGAAGUCAAGUUCUUUCGCUACGGCAUUCGAAAACGCCAUGUCGACUUUCCUGUUUCAACGGGGCAAGAGUACGACUUUGCUCAACCAACCUCUAUCGCGCACGUGGACGCUACGAUUGACUCGACCAAGGAGGAGAUGGUCCGGCAGUUCGGAGACCGAGCUAAUGAACUCAUGACGAGGAGAUUCUCAUGGGUCAACGUCUGGCGGCCGUUACGUGGCCCUGUGAACGACUGGCCAUUGUGCUUCUGUGAUGCAUCGAGCGUCGAUCCACAAGAUGCUGAAGCUACCGACAUGGUGUAUCCGGACUACUUCACGGAGAAUCUCUCUUUGCGAUACAACCAGAAGCAAAGAUGGUACUACCUAUCCGACCACACGAUAGACGAGAUCAUCGUCUUCAAGCAGAGUGAUUCUGAGUCCACAGGCCUGGGAGGCGUCCCACACUGUAGCUUUGCAAACCCCAAAGCACUGGCUACCGAACUGCCGCGAGAAAGCAUCGAAGCACGGGCGCUCGUCAUUUACUAA